GCGGCCGCGGCAGGCGGAGCCGGCCCGCCCCUAUUUAUGCCGAGCCCCGCCAGGAGCGGCGCCGCGAGUGUGGGGCGGAAGCGCCCGGCACCUCCUUCCUCCCGCCCGGGUGCAGGCGACGAGGAUGAGCCAAAGAGACACCCUGGUGCAUCUUUUUGCCGGCGGAUGUGGAGGUACUGUUGGUGCAAUUCUGACAUGUCCACUGGAAGUUGUGAAAACACGACUGCAGUCCUCCUCUGUGACUCUCUACAUCUCUGAAGUUCAUCUCAACACAGUGAAUGGUGCUACUGUCAACCGAGUAACCAGAGUUUCUCCUGGACCUCUCCAUUGUCUGAAGAUGAUCUUGCAAAAUGAAGGCCCUCGUUCUCUGUUCAGAGGGCUGGGUCCUAAUCUAGUUGGCGUUGCUCCUUCCAGAGCAAUAUAUUUUGCUGCUUACUCUAAUUGCAAGGAAAAGUUGAACAAUAUUUUCAAUCCGGAUUCCACCCAGGUACACAUGAUUUCAGCUGGUGUGGCAGGCUUUACUGCAAUCACAACAACUAAUCCCAUUUGGUUGAUAAAGACACGAUUGCAGCUUGAUGCAAGGAAUCGAGGAGAGAAGCGAAUGAGCGCUUUUGAGUGUGUCCGCAAGGUUUAUCGCUUGGAUGGUUUUAAAGGCUUUUACCGGGGAAUGUCCGCAUCCUACGCAGGCAUAUCUGAGACUGUCAUUCACUUUGUCAUUUAUGAGAGUAUUAAGAAAAAAUUACUGGAGUAUAAGACUGCUUCUGCCAUGGACAAUGAGGAUGAAUCAGCUAAAGAAGCAUCGGACUUUGUUCGAAUGAUGAUGGCUGCUGCCACUUCCAAAACAUGUGCAACAUCAAUAGCAUAUCCCCAUGAGGUUGUACGAACAAGACUAAGAGAAGAGGGAACAAAAUACAGAUCUUUCUUCCAGACACUCUCUUUGCUUGUGCGAGAGGAGGGGUAUGGCUCCCUUUACCGAGGUUUAACUACACACCUGAUCAGACAGAUUCCAAACACGGCGAUCAUGAUGUCCACCUAUGAAGUUGUAGUCUACUUACUCGAUGGAUAGCAGUCUGACAAGGUGGAAGAAGGUGGAAAAUGGAAAGACUGGAGUGGACCACUGAAUGUCAAUGCCAAUGUGGUGGGCAAAAGGAACGUUGUAUCAGGAGCAAGCAGCUGUGGACAAACAGAAGGUUGAUUGUGGGCAACUCUGAAUAAUUUUGCUGCCUUUGUGUGGUCUCAUGUCAGUGUGACAAAUGGGAACUCCCCUUAGGGAAUGCCUUCCUACAUCUCUUAAUUCAGAAUUAUUUUCUUUGCAUCUGUUAAUCUAGACAAAGCCAUUGAGUCAUCCUCAGAGACCCGAUGGGUGAGGGAGGGGACGUGAAAUAUGUUCCUGGGCAGUCCUAUUAACUUAUCUUAGUGAUUGCUCUCAACUACAUCAUUUUUGUUCUGUUUUACUGCACAGUAACCUGUUGGAGCAAUGGGCAAGACAGUACUUUUAUAGCUUUCUAUACCUGAAACUUUGUAGUUGCUCUGAAGAUUCAUUAAGAGACUGAGGUAGUGGUAAGUGUGUCAAGUUUUCCAUGUUGCUACCUCAAGACAAAGUAUGGUGCAGGGACUCAAAGUUAUUUCUUCACUACAAAAGGUGAUACCUGUUGUAGCUGGUUUUGAUUGUUGUUGUUUUUUUAUCCUUGAUGUUUGAUCUGUGUUGUAGGUUAGUGAGAGAGGAUCUGAUUGUUCCACUCUUCAUGUUAUCAGUCUGUUAAUGUUGGUAUAUGUGGACUUUGGUCCUGCUGCAUCAUCUUUUUUCUUUUCUGGAACUUUUCUUAAGUAAGAGAUAGGCCUAUGAAACAUUGUCCUGUAUCAUCAAUUUUCCUUGCCAACCUGUUCAGGUCACUCCCACAGCUGAGGAAGAAGUUGCUGAAUGCUACUUGAUAGCCUUUUUUAAGAUUUGUAAUGUGGUGAGAAACCUCUUCUAGUCCAGCCUCUUUUUUGUGAACACAGAAUUCACUCAGUUUCAUGCUGCCUAAGCACAAGCUGGCAAAUCCUGCCUUGGAUUACCAGUAUUUAUAUGAGAGUACUGGGGGAGAACACACAUCACUGUGGCUAGGGUGACAGAAAGCAGAAACCAAUUGAAGUUGUGAUAGGUCUUGUCAGUGCAGACAGGCUCUGUGCAGAAGGAUGGAGAAAUUCUAAGUUAUAUUUUCUUGAAAGCAUUCCCCCUGAUAAUUGCUUUAUCACUUCUGUCAGCUUGAGGCUGUGUACUGAGCUAUAAUCUUGUCCUCCACAUUGUCUGAUAAUUCAGGCAUUGGUUUUGUUCUGUAAGGCAGUUGCAAAAUAAUGCCUUGUAUUCAGCAGAGAGGCUUGGCUGGUUUAUUCUGUCAUAAUUUACAGAAUUUUCCAAAAUCCAUACAACUGGAGUGUCAAGCAGUUUAAUGUUACAGUAAGUUUUACAGCUUUCCAGACAGGUAUCUUCUCAGUCUGCAUCCAUUAUCCUUAUGAGAAAGAUGGUUUAUAAAUUGGGGUCAAUAGCUUUCUCCAUAUAAGUGCUGCUACACUGGCAUGGACAGAAUUGUGCUCUCAGCUCUUCCAGUGUGGUACUUCAGUACACUUGAACUGUGCAUCAUGUGCAAUGGCUUUAUUUUAUGAAUGACUUCUUAUGCACUUUGUGGCCUUCUUAGGGCUUAUGACUUUUCUUCCUCUUACUGAUUAUCUAGAAUCAAACAGUGUUUGAAACAUGCAGUUUGGUUUUAAACAAAGCAUGUGGUUUGAUUUCUGCGUCAGCUGUGCAGGAGUUUAUGCUGUAAAUCCAUAGCAUCUUUGUGGCAGUGCUUCUGUAGGCUCUAUGUACAACCUCAAAGCUUGCAGAACAAUCAGUUUGGGGUUUUUUUUUUUUUGUUUGCUUUCCUUUAUUUUGACCCUGUCAUGCUCUCCACAGAGUGUCCAAGUAUUUGAGUAUUUCAUGUAAUUCUCUUUUAUUUGGUCAUCCUCUGAAAGCCUCCCAUAAGUACAUCGACCUUACAGUGCUGUAUUGUUCCCUUUUUAAAGACAUAGCAUGGUCUGAGGGGUGACCAUGAUUGUCUCAAAGAAGUGAAAGGAGUGCUUAAAUGUGUUUUAAAGUGGGCUUUUUCUAGCAGUCUCUCUAGGAAAAGACUGGAGUAAGUAUAUGACUGACCUAAGCCUGGAUGUGAUGCUUUUGUUCAGAUAAAUAAAUGCAGGAAUAGUGACUCCCUGUAAUGCAGAAAGUGGGUCACUCUUCAGGUUAUCUAGAUUACUUAGUCAUAGCCAAACCUUAAAUUGGCCAAGACCUUUCUCAGCUUUGGAGUUCAUGAAUACAGUGAGCACUUGGAGUAGCCUAGGCUUCGUGCGAGUUUGUCUCCUCUGUUUGGAUACAUUGUCCCUUCGUUCUGUGUUUGUCUCCCAUUCCGGGUAUUCCCCUGGAAUUCCCUGGGUACUGCAUGUGUGCCUUCUCUGGGUGAGAGCAGAGCCCCUGGAGCUGUUAAGUAGGACAUGUUAACAAGGACAGUUGAAUACGGGAGAUAACAG